AUGCCAGGGACGUGUCUAAUCCUAUUCCGCCAUGCCGACUUGCGUUCCUUUUACACGCACUAUCGUGUCGGUAGAGCUGCCGGUGCCGGUGCUGUUACUGCCGCUGAGCAGGGGUCAAUCACACUGAGGGCUGCGAUUCCCCAUCAUGGGUUGUUGCAUCUGCCGUGGGGUGCGUGUGCCAUGCGCGUGGGUAAAAGUCUGGGCUAUGUCCGCAAAAAGACACCUCACCUCCUCACCUCACGCCAUACGUGCCGUAGCACCAGCAGUAGGGAAAAAGCCAUUUCCCCUCUCGACUUGAGGCCAACAAGAAGCGGUGGGAGCAUAGCCAUUUCCAUUGCCAUCGUUAUUAUACGAAAACUGGUAUUGAAUGCGGCGUCAGUCUCCCUCUCCCUCUCGGUCAAGAAUGGUCCUUGCAAGCAGAUCGAGGGCGCGUCAUCCACAGGCCCCUCUCACCCCCGUGUUCCAUCUAAUGACCCAUCCAUCCCAUCUCCAUCUCCAUCGCCAUCGCCCGGCGAUGAUCCAGGGUCGCAUCCGUCCAGCGCACCCAUGUCACGCCUUAGCGCCCUUGGCCGUCCUCGGUUAGGGUCAAGGCGGGCGUUGGUGGUGAGUCGCAACCUCGUCGUCUGCUUUGUUCCCGAUGCGCGCCAGAAGCAAGCCCUCGCCGUCCUAUCUCGCUGCUCAGGGAGCUCAGGGAUUCCCUCUCGUCAUUCGCGACUGCGAGGGCGUGCGUCACGUACCAAGUGCGUCGACUGGUCAGACACGCCUCUCACACGGACACACACAAGCAAGCAACUCGCAGUCUCGCAGUCUCGCAGUCUCGCACACGCACACAGACGUCAACUCACAGGGUCAUCUCCCCAUCAUCUCAUCUCGCCUCACCUUAUCUCGCCGGACCGACCUUCUCAGUUCGCCGAGCGGAUGUACCGUGCCCAGAUCGGUUUGGACUUUUUCGCCACCGACUACGACCUAUUCGUAAACCUCCCGCUACAACCCACUACAGCUCAGCUGUUAUUGCAACAAGGCUGUAAUCAAUAA